AUGCAAGAAGAAGACUAUGCUAAACAGUUAGAGCUCCAGCGCCGCGCUUUUGAGGCACAAUUCGGCAGUUUGGAGGAUAUGGGUUUCGAGGACAAAACGAAAGGUCAGAUAGUAAAUGAGUUUUCCGAGAGCGAUAGUCAAAAAUCCCAUGAGUCUGAUAGCGAAUCAGGCACAGGUAACGAUGAAGAAUCUUUCGAAGAAUUUUCGGAAAACGAGACUGAGCUGAACGUGAGAAAGCCUGAAGUACAGCAACGCCAUCGCCAACCUAAAGUCAUUAAAUUUGGAGGUGCCAGUGAUGUCUAUAUUGCUCCAAGUAAAAAAGAACAAAAACUCAUACGUGCUGGGAAAGCCCCAAGAGAAACUCUUUUGGACUCGAAGCUCCAAGAUGAGCUUGCUGGCGCUUCCGAGGACAAACUAAACGCAGACGAUGGAGACAAUGAAAAUCUGCAAAACGAUUUAGAGCUGCAAAGGUUCUUGAAAGAAUCGCAUCUCCUCAGCGCGUUUGGAAAUAGUGCGGCGAGUGGUGCCGACCUUACACUACAAACUAUGGACAACGUCGAAUACAAAGAUGACCAGGUUUUUGGAAAAGCCAGAUCGCGUACGUUGGAGAUGCGUUUGAAGAAUUUAGCCUCUACAAACGGGAAGGGUCAAAAGCUGGAAAAAGUACCGAUGACCAUAAGAAGAGGAAUGGUUGAUAAACAUGUUACACGAAUCAAAAAGCAUGAGAACGAGGCUCGUGAAGGCGGAAUCAUCCUCUCAAAAGUCAAGAAGGGCGAGUUUCGUAAGAUAGACUCAACCUACCGCAAGGAUAUUGAGAGGCGUAUUGGUAGCAAGAACGCAUCUAGCGAUGCCCUAAGAAGAGCCAAACGUCAAAAGGGUCUUAAGAUUCCUUCCAUUGGCCGGUCCACACGUAACGGGUUGGUGAUUUCUUCUGACGAAAUCAAACGAAUCAGCGGUGAUUCUGGUCCAAGAAAUGGCAAAGGAGGCAAAGGAGGCAAGGGUGGCAAGGGGGGCAGAGGAGGUAAAGCUAAGAAUAAUGGUAGAAGAUAA